AAUAUGGUGCUAUCAUUAGAGUAUAUACCAAAUGCCCAUUCAAGCUACACUCCACUAGACAAACAUGAAUGGGACUCAGGAUGCGCCGGCAGGCGCGCCACUGGCCGCGCAUUUCGAGGCCAAGCGGCGAAUCAUGGCUACUGUGAAGCAAAUGGAGGAGCGCGGCGAGAAGCUGGAGGAGGCCACACCGGAAGAGAUCCUGGAGGCAGCCAGCAAGGCAGCGGAAACCGUGUUCAAAUUUGACUUUAGCAUCUCUGCCGAAGACGCUGAGACGAGCGACAAAAAGCGCGAUCGGAAUCGCAAGCGCAGCAAGAAGAGGAGAGCCAAGAAGGCGCAGAUCGAAGCAGCAACGAACACCGAGGAAGCGGCUCCUACGACCGAGCGAUCGACCGUUCCAGUGACGCCAGCACCACAACGGGGCAAUGCAAAGGAUUCUAAGCGAUCGGCGCCAAAGCAGCAGGUGACCAAUACGACAGUCAAACCGACGGGGUCGUCGUUCCUAAAACUCCGUAAAGCAACAGGCACCGAGUCCGAAGUAGCCAAGAUGCACCUUCGAUACGGCCAGGGACGGCGGAACCUGGCGGCGAUUAAACAGCGCGAGAUGCGCAAGAAGACGGCAGUGGCGACGGAGGAACCACCGAACAGCGACUUCAAGUUUAACUUCACCGCCACGUCGUAGAGAACAAUACGAGUGACUCAUCGAAACCAAUAGAAUACGUGGCGCAAUGCUUUUCUAGAUCAGAA